AUGCGACCGGAGCCAAAUAACAAGGAACUCAACAACACAGAAAGAGAUGGAUCACAACAAACUCCCACGAUAAUGGAUAUUGAGAGCGCAAGCCAUCGACAUCUUCUCAAGUUGGGUCUGGUCGCUAUCGUGGUUGCAGCCACUUUACCAUUCAUACAACGACCAAGUCAAAUCAAGAGCGAUGCCGCACCCAGCAUUGGCGUCGACAGUCGAGCUGUACCGCGUGAGAGGACAAUGGUUCUCGAGACAAGAGCAGACAGCCCUACCGACGUAUGUACACGCUGGUCACACCAAUCUGCUGUGAUCAAUGGAACACUUUACGUAUUCGGAGGUCAAGCUACGACUGAACCAGGGCAGACUGGAAACAAAUGGAACAACGACUUCCUGUCGAUGGAUCUUACCAAAAGCUGGCAGAUCUCUACACCUUCGUUGAUAGGCCUGCCCCAACCAUCUGGUCCUCCUAGCGUGUCGAAUGGCUUUCUGUGGAACUCCCACGAGUCUGUCUUCUUAUAUGGUGGAGAGUUUUCGGACAGCCCAGUCGACCCGCCUACGGCCUUUUCACUAUGGGAAUACAACGCAAUGUCAUCCGAAUGGAUCGAGCAUACUAAUUCGACAACUUCAUCUGGCACCAAUGCCCAGUCUGGUGACCAGUCGGUUCAACGUGCUGCAGAAGGCGCUGGCGCCUCGGUUCCAGGCCUAGGGCGUGGGUUCUACUUUGGUGGACAUGAAGACACACAUACCACUGAAGGGUGGUCAAAUCAAGUGGCGCGAAUCUACAUCAAAUCGCUGAUAGAAUUCACCUUUCCUGGAUAUCAGAACAGUCAAGUGACCUCUCUCUCGGACAAAAAAGCUGCAGGCAGCGAUGGCGCUUGGCGCAAUGUCACCGACGGAGGUGCCCAGGAUAGCGCAGGGUUUCCUGAGCGCGCAGAUGGGCUGCUCGUCUACAUACCUGGUUUUGGUGAUCAAGGCAUCCUUCUCGGUCUCGCCGGCGGAACCGAGGACACAUUUACACAAAUGAAUGUCAUCGAUGUGUAUGAUAUUGCUACCUCGACUUGGUACAAGCAAGCAACAAGCGGGCCUACACCUAAAUUCCGAGUCAACCCAUGCGCUGCAGUUGCGGCUGCAUCGGAUGGCAGUUCCUAUCAAGUCCACAUGUUCGGUGGCCAAAAUCUCAUUCCUGCAGGCAAUCAGACACAGUAUGACGACCUCUGGAUUCUGACCGUCCCUUCUUUUACGUGGAUACAAGUUGACCAGGAUAACCAACCGGUGCCGCCUGCAAGAGUAGGACACUCGUGCAACAUGUGGGAUGGACAGAUGGUGGUUGUUGGCGGCUACGUCGGUGAUCAACUCAGCUGCGACAGCCCUGGCAUCUACGUACUCAACGCUUCUAGCUUACAAUGGGCAACUGGAUUUACUGCUCUGAGUAGAGAUACAGACUUGGGCUCUUCGGACACGACCGCAGCACCAGGUUCUGAAUCUAACUCGAGGAACUGGGUAUCGAAUGCCAAAAGUAAUCCUUUUAAUCAACAGCCGGCCCAGCUCGCCAAUAGCAGUAGCCCAGGUGGUCUCGAAGGCUCUUAUGGCUAUCGAGUUCCUGACGUUGUCAUCUCAGUCAUUGGCGGAAAUGCUCGAGGUGGCGCAACUGCGACUGCACCUGUACAAGCAGCCGAGAGCGGUCCUCUAAAGACAGGCGGCCCAAUAAUCUAUAGCACCGUGACUUCAAGCUCGACUGCCACAGCUACGAACACCUCUGGCGGAAACUCCAAUUCAGGGUCUGGGAACAACAACAACAGCAGCGGCCCCAAUAUCGCCGCCAUCGUCGCUGGUGUAAUCGCAGGCGUCCUCUUCAUCAUUGUCUGCUACCUCGCCUUCUGCGCUUGGCUUUACCGUAAACGCCUCCAACUCUACAAACGCCACGUCGAAAUGUCACAGCAAGCGGCCCUCAACGAGAAGAAUCGUCCCACCAUCCCUGGUCUCGUGCCCACUGGGGCGGGCUCCUCAAGUGGCGGCUCCAACGAUUGUCGUAUCUGGACCUCUAGCGAAAAUACCAGUGGCAGAGGAAUUUCGAAGCCUGACAAUGAUUGGGGGUAUACUGAGGCUAACAGAACCGAUACUGCUGGUCAGAAUAGUGUGGAUGGCUAUCUUUUGGGUAGGAGUAGUGAUGAUAGUGGUGCGCCUGAGGACUUGCUGGCGGGCAAUACGCCGUCGUUCUGGGGUACUGUGUUGGCUCCCCGACGCAGUUUGCGUGUUGUGAAUCGGGAUUAA